CCACACUCAAGUCUCAUUGAAGGCUUCCAACAAACGAUCAUCCAUUCAAGAUGCCAACGUAUGGUGGAGACGAAGUAUCGGCCGUGGUCUUAGACAUGGGCAGCAGCACCACGCGAGCUGGCUACGCAGGCGAAGACACACCCAAGGUUGUGAUACCCACUUCUUAUGGCUUUCGAGCAGGAUCCGCUGAGGGCGAACCAGUUCAGCGAGAUCCCAAAUACUUCUUCGGUGAUUUCGGUCCUACGGUCUGGAGAGCUGGAAUGGAAGUCUUGAACCCGAUGAAAGAUUCAAUUGUAGAAGAUUGGAAUGUAGCCGAAAAGUUGAUGUAUUUUGUCCUCGAUCGCGAAAUGCGAUUAUCACUGCCAGGUGCUGAGCUAGAACCGGAUGAGAGACGCGGAAUUUUGACUGAACAUCCCUUAUUGGUUACGGAGGCAUCAUGGAACUCGAAAGAGAAUCGAGAACGUAUGAUCGAAUUAGCUUUUGAAGAAUUCGACACGCCAGCAUAUUACUCCGUUGAUCGUUCGGUCAUGUGCGCAUUUGCUGCUGGGAAAGGUUCAGCUCUUGUAGUAGAUAUUGGGGAGGAGCUAACGACUGUCACUCCAGUUUGCGAUGGAUUUGUGCUUCGCAAAGGCAUUCAGAAAUCGCCCAUCGCCGGAGGCUUACUCUCAUCACUUCUACUGUCAACAAUGCAAGCCGAGUCAACUACCCCAAUCUUACCACAAUAUCUUAUCGCUUCAAAACCUUCGCUGCCAUCUGCACCCAUUGUGGUCUCUAACGAGGAUGGAUCCGAAGCUCAGGCAAAUGCCAAUCCUGAUCAAACCCCAGCCGGUGUUAUCUUGCGUGAAGAACGUAUGCCAGGCAAACCAGACUCGACCACUACUCCAACAUAUGCCAAAUAUCAGGAAUUACGUAUCAUGCACGACCUCAAGGAAUCCAUAUGUGAAGUCUUACCUCGAUCAUGGGACGAAGAAAUUGUAGCCACACUUCCAACCAGAUCAUUCGAGCUUCCUACCGGACAACUUCGAUCAUUUAGUAGAAUGCGUUGCACAAUACCUGAAGUUUUCUUCAACCCAACCUUUAUACCACCAGAGUUUACUUCACAAACCAAAGCAAAAAAUUCAGCAUCUACCAUUCCAACACCUGAUUUAUCAGCAGCCAUCUCAUUACCGAAGAUGAUUUUAAAAUCUAUCACAAGUUGUGAUACAGAUGUUCAAGCGAUUCUCAGCACUAAUAUAGUUAUUACAGGCGGUUGUAGUUUGUUACCGGGUUUAUUGGAUCGAUUGGAUUGGGAACUCAAAGCUCAAAUGCCUGGGGUCAAGUUCAAGAUCACAGCGGCUGGAAACAUAUCUGAACGACGUUUUGGAAGUUGGUUGGGAGGUAGUAUCUUGACUAGCCUGGGAUCAUUCCAUCAACUAUGGGUGGGCAAAGAUGAAUAUAAAGAACAGGGACGAUCAGUGAUCCAUCGUAGGUGCAAGUAGAAUGACCUGAAUUUGAAAAUCGAGAGCAGAAUAAAGGCAACCUCCAAAAUAUCUUUUGUAAAGCUUCUCGCCAAAUUGACAUGUAUGUAAUGUAUCAAUAAAUCAUGCGUCGGAUUGUACGCCACAACGCACCGAUAUAACAGGU